CGCUCCGGGCCGGGCCGGGCCGGGCCAUGGCCGGCGUCAUCGAGCUCGAGAGGCUGCAGCGCGUCCUGGAGCUGCAGUGCUCCUGCUGCCUGCAGCUCUUCGCGGAGCCCGUGCGGCUCACGGGCUGCGGCCACAGCUUCUGCCGGGGCUGCAUCCUCCGGUACUGCGCGGGGCGGCCCCGCGCCGCCUGCCCGCUCUGCCGGUGCGCCUUCGAGCUGCAGCACCUGCGGCCCAACCGCGAGCUGGCCGCGCUGCUCAGCCUCAUCCCGCGGGAGCUGAAGGAAAACUUGGAAACGCAGGAGGAGCCGGAAGCCUACGGAGCUGCUGCCUGCAACCACCUGAGCUCGGCGGGGCAGGGACGUGGGGAGAAGGAGGAAGAGAUAUGGGAGAGCUCCAAGCAACAGGAAAUAACUGCAGAGACCAUCUACCUGUUGAGGAAAGAUCUCAAUAAAGCAAAGGAAUAUACAUCUCAUAUCAAAAGCCAGGUUACUAGAGAUUUCUGUUGCAUGAAGGAAUAUAUUGAAAGACAGGAGAGAAACACACUGAUGUUCAUUGAACAACAGCAAAAAGCUGCUCAACAGAAAAUUGAAGAGACUAUUCACCAGCUCACAGACAUCAAAGACCAAACUACAGACUUAUGUGAGAGGCAGAGGUACGAAGGCUCACCUUUGACAAUAAAUAAAAUUACACUUGAUGAAAAGCUUAAUGUUGUUAAAAGUGCUGUAGAAGAUCUUAAGAGAAAGUUGGAAAUUUUACUCUUGGAGAAUUAUGCUCAGCAACUCCCACCAGUGCAGCCUCCAGACUUACACCAGGAGCCAAGUGUCAGCUCAUCACUUCCAGAGCCUGCGGCUGAAAGUCCUGAACCAGCCAUUUCCAGCCAGUUUUCUCAGUGGGCAGAUGAUGUGACUUUUGAUCCCACAAGAGUGCACGAGCGCUUGGCACUCACAGCCCAGAACAGGAGAGUGAUGGUUUCCAGCCACCCCACCAGUUAUCAACGAUCCCCCAAAAGAUUCUGCAUCAGCCAAGUCAUGUGUUCACAGGGCUUCUCUACUGGGUGCCACUACUGGGAAGUAAUUACCAAGGACAGCGAUGGAUGGGCUGUUGGAGUUGCUCAUGAAAUGAUUGGUAAAAGGGACAAAUUGGGAAGAACUGAGCAUUCCUGGUGUGUAGAAUGGCUAGGUCCUAAAAAACAGCUGUCAGCAUGGCAUAAGGAUCAAGAAACAUUAUUACACAAGGACAAACCACCGAAGGUUGGAGUUUUCCUGGAGCUACAGAAGAAGACUGUGUCAUUUUACUCCAUCGCUGACAAAGAAAUGCUUUUGCACACCUUUGAAAUCAGUACCUCAAAUCCCCUCUACCCUGCUUUCUGGCUGUACACUCUAGAAAGGAAUGGAUCUUUAACUAUAAGUCAGCCAAACAGGAGAUAAAGCCUACUGAGACCAGGGACAAUUUUGCCAGUGACUGCAGAGUUUCUAUAAAAGCCUCAGUGUUUAGCACAGGAGUGUACCAAGGAAUGAAUGCAUAACUACCCAGGCUUUCCUGGGAAUCAGCAACUGAUACUUCUGUCUGCUCUGCUUCUCUUCACACUGUGCUCUGGUCUAGCCAUACUUCAUUAAAGCAAUUCCAGGCUAUGCUAAAGGCAGUGACCACCCCUGUGGAAGUCAGGUGGGUUUCUCAAGCAGCUUUAAGUAGUCCCAGGAUAUUCCUAGGAAAGAGUGUAGUAAGGAAGCUCUAAUGUUGGGGAUAGCCUUUCUCAUUGACCUAAUUUUUCCUACAUUGAUAUAAAAAAUAUAGGAGAACAGAUGAUGCUGUUACUUUCUGUCAAGUUAGUUUUCUUUAGACAGAUCUGAUUGAUUAAGGAAUGCUCAGAGGGUAAAAAUUUUACUGAUCUUAGGUAUGAAAAUCUUUCCCUCUAGGGCAGGCACUAACUAGGAAAUAGGCUUUGGAUUUGAGGACCUGACACUUCAAGGAGGUGUCCCAGAAGAACAUAAUUUCACUGGAACCAUGUUUUAGUCUUGGCUUGGCCAAAGGGUUGUCAGUCCUGGUGCUGGUGUGACCAUGGGCAUGCUUGUGGAAGUAGAUGUUCAGGGGUGUUUAUACCAGCUAAUAAAUUGUGGUCACUUUAGUGCUCUUUUAAAGGGCCUGCAAACAGGACUCUGUCAUGGGAAGGACCAUUUGGUCUUGCCAGUGAGCCUGAGACAAAGCAAGAGGUUCUCAGUUGCCUGUGGGGGGUGAAGGGACCAGAGCUGAGGUCCCACAAAAUCUACGGAGAACUUGAUUUCUGAGAGAUACACUGCUUCAUGCAGGCAAACUGAAAACAGCAUUCCCAAGAAGCGAAGACUUUUUCAGGAAGACUGUGGCAUUUCAGAAUUGACAAAAUUAAUAGUUUAUUGUGAAUAAAGCAUGUGGGAUUCAACUAUGUUAUUUAGUGGAAUGGAGCUCCAUGUCUUCUAAAGUAAUUGACAGAACUGCUGCUCACCUUGUCAGUUACUCUCUGCUGCCACUGAACACUGGUGGCCUAAAUGCACAUUUGUAUGAUCCCAAAGGGUGUGUGUUUCAGCAUCUCCAAGGCUGGGCUAGCUUUCCUGGGAUAGCCAAAGCCACUGCCUUCUUAGUAUUGAGGUGUCCUUUGCUCGUUCAUCUGGGAAAAAACAACUACGGCACGAAGUUGCUGGAUAUCCCCAAUUUCCCACAUUACACCGUAGUGCCCAGGGGCAGCAAUUUGUUGUGGUUUGGAUCACAGCAACAACACACCUAACAACACACAGCACAGAUGGGAACGCUCUGUGUCACUAUUUGAACAUUGGGAAUAAUUUCCUGAGUAGGUGAUUAAACAUUGGGACGGGCUGCCCGGGUUCGAGUCACCGUCCCUAGGGGUGUUUAGGGAAAGACUGGACUUGGCACUCCGUGCCGCGGUCCGGUUGACACGGUGGUGUUGGCUCAUAGGUUGGACGGGAUGAUCUCGGAGGUCUUUUGCGCCCUCAGUGAUCCCGGCGUGCUCCGAGUGCCCCGGGCUGUGCCUCAGCGCUCGCUGCGGUCGCGGCCGGCCCGGCGG